UAAACCUAUGCCCAGGUGGGAUUCAUUUGCGAAGUUGAAUCAGCUGUAAUUUUAUCCAUUGUCAAGAAGUAUGUUUAGUUCCGUGUCGAGCUGGCUUGGCGUUGGUGAAAAACCGUCUUCACCAACGUCUUCUGACGACGAUAAAGAGAAUCAGACAUCUGAAAACACUAGUGUUUCGUCCCCAACGGAAAGUGUCAGUAGCAUUAGUGACACGAAAACAGAAGACUCUACUUCUGCCUCCGACACAGAAGAUCUGACAGCAAAACAAGCUCUCGAGGAAUUGUCUGCAAAUGCCAUCAACACUGCUAAAGAGUUUGGGAGCUUCCUGUUCAGCUUCGGCAAGGCUGCGGGAAAGACAGUGGCAGAUACAGCCAAACAACUCAAAACAACAGUUGAAGAAAAGACGAUGAUCGGUGACUUUGUGAAGGAGCAGGACAAGUUUGUGGCUGAGAAGAAGGACAUCACGAAGCAGCAGGAUGCCUCUGUGCCGCCGUGGAUCGGCUACAACGAGGAGGAAGUGAUGAAGGAACAGAUCCUGGCGCUGUCCGCGGACAAAAGGAACUUCCUACGCAAUCCCCCAUCAGGGGUACAGUUCCAGUUUGACUUCAACACCAUCCAGCCAGUUGCCAUGGCAACGCUCCACGAGGAUCCAAACUUGCAGAAAAUGAGAUUUGAACUUGUGCCAAAACUUGUGAAAGAGGAAGUGUUUUGGAGGAAUUAUUUUUACCGUGUCUCCCUCAUCAAGCAGUCCACUCAGCUUACCUCCCUUGCUCAGUCCUCAGGUAGCACAGGAGAAAGUCGCUCUACAAGCAGUUCCCGCAGAUCUUCCACAGGCAGUGAACACAGAGAAGCCACAGAAGAGACAGACUCGGUCAACAGUGAAGACUCGAGUUCCCCGAAGACAGUUCCUGCGGAGGCUGCUGAUAAGGUGGAGGACCUCCCCCCAGAGAGCCCCCCAGCUGACAAUGAGUUUGUCAGUGAUGCUUUCAAUGCUGAUGAGUUGAGUGAGGAGGACAUCAGGAAGGAGAUGAAACAGCUCGGGGUCGGGGAGGACAAGAAGGAGGCCGACUCUAAAGAAGACCAUCAUGAUGAUGAUGAUGAUGAUGUGGAUAGUGAGGAGUGGGAGAAGGAGCUGAUGGAGGAGCUGAUGGAAAUGAAGCAGCGAGGAGAUACCCCAGUGGGAGAAGGAGCUCCAACAGGAACUCCAGGAGUAUGAGAUGGUAAAUGAGGGGGCUGAUCUAGAGGAUGACGACCUGGAAAAGGAGAUUCUGAAGCAGAUAGAGCAGGAGGCCAACUCUCUAACAUAGAACCUGUACAUACAUGGGACGUGGGAUCAAGUGUUGAAUAACGGUGUAAUGGUUUUAUGUCACCCCAUGAGCAUUCUCUGUAUUGUUCAAUGUUAAUCUUGGUUCUUUUAAGAAGCUAUACAUUUUCUUCUUUACUG